AGAUAUCGUAACCGAAAGUCUAAGAAGAUCAGAACGUGAAAAUCUUUGCACCAAAAAUUGAAUAUUAGGUUUAAAAAUAGGUAAAAAUGGCUGAAGAUGGCAGAAUACAGAAAAUGGAGGUGGAUUACACAGAGACAGUGGAUAAGAGAAUACCAGAAUGUGAGCAACUUGGAAAGGAUGGAAAGUUGAGUGAAGCUUUGGAGAGUCUGCUCUCCCUGGAGAAGCAAACAAGAACAGCUGCUGACAUGCAUUCCACAGCACGCAUCCUCGUGGCUAUCGUCAAAAUCUGCUUUGAGGCGCGUGAUUGGGACGCCCUCAAUGAACACAUUGUUCUCCUCUCAAAACGAAGAAGUCAGUUGAAGCAGGCUGUAGUAAAGAUGGUACAGGAAUCGUGCACCUACGUGGAGCAGACGCCAGACAUGGAGACCAAGCUGAAACUAAUCGAUACACUAAGAACCGUCACAGCAGGAAAGAUUUACGUUGAGAUUGAACGGGCUCGUCUGACGAUGACCCUCGCAAAGAUCAAAGAAGGACAAGGGAAUAUCACAGAGGCUGCUGACAUCCUACAAGAACUCCAGGUGGAGACCUUUGGCUCCAUGGAGAAGAAGGAGAAGGUGGAGUUCAUCCUGGAGCAGAUGCGGCUUUGUCUCGCCAAGAAGGACUACAUCCGCACUCAGAUCAUCAGCAAGAAAAUCAGCACCAAGUUCUUUGAUUCUACUGAUGAAGAGGUCCAGGAGCAAAAGUUGAAGUUCUACAAGUUGAUGAUUGAGUUAGACCAGCAUGAGGGGGCGUAUCUUGAUACCUGCAAGCAUUACCGUGCCGUCUAUGACACGCCCAUCAUCCAGAAGGAGGAUUCUAGGUGGAAGGAGGGUUUGAAGAAUGCAGUCCUGUACCUCAUUCUGGCUCCGUUUGACAAUGAACAGUCUGACCUGAUUCACAGGGUCAACCUGGAAAAGAAGCUUGAAGACAUUCCAAAAUACAGGGAUUUGUUGAAGUGUUUCACGACCCCAGAGCUGAUGCGAUGGCAGCAAGUUUGUGCAAUCUAUGAGAGUGAAUUAAAGAAGGGUUCCACCGGAAGCCCCCCAACGGAUGUCUUUGCCGAGACCGAGCAAGGUGCACUUCGAUGGAAAGAUCUUAGGAACAGGGUCGUUGAACAUAAUAUCCGAGUGAUGGCCAAAUAUUACACCCGUAUCACAACUGCAAGGAUGGGAGAACUCUUAGAACUAUCAGGAGAUGAGGCGGAAGCGUUCCUGUCCAAGCUGGUUGAGAAGAAGACCAUCUACGCCAAGGUAGAUCGGCUGGCUGGUAUCGUGGACUUCAUGCCCCACAAGGACCCCAACGACAUUCUCAACUCUUGGUCCAACAACCUCAACGAUCUCAUGCACCUUGUCAAUAAGACUACCCAUCUUAUCAACAAAGAGGAGAUGCAGCACCAGUUUGCUCACUGAUUUCCGAUUAUUAUUUAUGAAGAAAAAUUAGUUCCACUUUACAAAUAUUGGCAACGUGCAGGAAGAGAAAUAAAUAGGGGAUGCACUAAAAGUUAGCUCUCUGAUCCCUGAAAAUUAGUUCUACUUGAACAUUUUGCAAUAUGCAUGUAGAGAAAACAAUAGGGAAUACAAUAUCAGUUAGCUCACUGAACCCUGAAAUUUUUCUACUCAAACAUUUUGCAACAUGCACAGUGCCGCACGAAAGUUAGUCAACCUUGCCAGAAAAUGAAUAUUUAACGUAUUCAAGCUCUGCCAUGUUUUAGAUAUUUGAUGGUUAAGUCAAGUGAUAAUAUAUUACAUUAAUAAAAUUUGUUUCGCUUGGCUCGCCGAAUAUUGUAAUGUCUUUGUCUACAAUACAUUCAUUACUCCUCAUAAAGGAGUGCAUUUUGUGAAGGGGUUCACUAACUUUUGAGCACAACUUUACAAAGAGAAAACGUUAGGGGAUCCACUACCAGUUCACUCACUGAUUCCUGAGGAUUAUUUCAAAAGAAAACAUAGUUCUUCUUCAUAGACAGUGUGCAGCGUGCAUUUGGAGAAAAAAGUAGGGGAGGCACUACCAGUUCCCUCUCUAGUUCCAGAUGAUUAUUAAAGAAAUAUAAUUAGUCCUUGAUAAACAUUUUGCAACAUGCAUGUAGAGAGAACAAGGCACACUGCCUUAAUCAUCACUUUGCCCUGAUCUCCAUACAAGUCAAAUAAAUAAAAUAAAAUCCCUGACAUAAUGACUUCGAAAAAAGAGCAGUGUUUUGUCAACACGGCAUCGUUUCUCGACAAUACGGAAAAAAAAUGUAUGUCUGUGAAGAAUGUAGUCGGUUAAUAUCUUUCCCAGGAAAACUUACAUGUACCUGCGAGACUGAGGGGGUUCCGAUUGAUGGCUUUCAUACUUAAUCAGAAAUAUUGGGCAAUUGUUUUCAGGAUUUCUUCAACAGGUAGUUUGUAGUAGCUGUUUGUCCUGCCCUGUUAUAAAAGAGAAGAUUGUUGGCUACCUUUAUAUACAUGCAUGUUAAGGAGCUAAGAACAGUCACAUACCAACAUCAAAAGUCACUGUAGCUUAUUAAUUGGAGUCUGCCUACAACAUACCCACUUGACAUGCCACAUAUCCAAUGGUUCUACUUUUUAUGCCUCGUAUAUUAAUUUCAACUGGAAGAUUGAAUAAUGUUUGGGGACUCAUGCAGGUCAAUAGUUUGCAAACUGAUCUCUCAAUGUUUUUUUUAUGGUCAAUAUAUACUGUCAAAAGUCUUGUUUAUGGCAUUAAAUGUAUUGUCUAAACAUGCUUUCAUGAAUACAUUUUCACCACAAUUUCUUGAUGAGGGCAAUGAAUAUGGUCUUCAUAUACCUUAAUGAAUGUGUUUUCCCCUCAUUUUUUUUUAUUCGGGCGAUAAUGUUCGUGAUUUCAUGUUACGCAGGUAAGAUGGUGCGUAUCCCAUGUGUUAUUUAUGGAAUAUCUUCUUGAACCCUACUUGUAUAUUAUGCCUGUGAACGUUUAGGUAUGUACCUGCUCAAACCCUGUAAGCAUCUUCGCUAUUAUUGUUUGUAUUGAGUCUGUAAAAGACAAUAAAUGAUUUUGUAUAUAUGAAUGA